CUCCAACGCAAGGCACACUUCUUUUCUUCUUCUCCUUCAACAACUUUCUCUCUCCUCCUCAAACUUUCAAUGGCUUCCUUCACGUUCUCUCUCUUACUCCUCUCUCUAAUUCUCCCACUUUCUCUCUCCUCAACUCUCAUCCUUCCUCUCAACAAACACAAAUCAACCAACCUCUAUUUGACCCGAAUUCACCACGGGUCACAUCUCGAACCCGCUGAACUCGUAGUAGAUCUGAACUCCCCUCUUUUAUGGGUUGACUGCUCAUCUUCUCCCCAACCAACCGCCGUCAAUUGCCGAUCCAUUCAGUGCACCUCCGCUGCAUCGAACCCUUGCCCAACUUCACCAUCAGCUAAUCAAGCGUGCUCUCUCCCGCUGCGGAACCCGGCUACGAGUGGUUCCGCAACGGGUGAGCUCGUCGAUAGCGUCAUUUCAUUCAAUGACAAAGUUUUGGUCGUUGAUUCGUUCCUGUUGUCAUGUGCACCCUCGAAAAUCUUAUCCGGGUUGCCUACCGGGUCAAAGGGUGUUUUCGGGCUUGGAAAAACCCGGAUUGGCCCAGUUUCUCAGAUCUCUCACAUCAUGGAAUACCCGAAGAAAUUCUCCCUUUGUUUGUCUGAGAACAAUGGGAUGAUCUUAACUGGGAAUGAUGAAGGUGAGGUGUUUAAGUCAAUGAGUUAUACUCCAUUAAUCGACAACGAAGGCGAUUCGUCUUACAAUAUCAAUCUCAAAUCAAUCAAAGUUCAGAACAAGAAACUCCCAUUCGACGACGACACCAUAUCGACCAUCAAAAUUAGUACCGUCGACCCGUACUCGAAGAUGGAAACAAGAAUCUACCAAGAACUAGUUCAAGCUUUCAUAACCGAAGCCGAGGCGUUGAACCCGAAUCUACUAAGAGUCCCACCUGAAGGAGGAUUUGAGGUUUGCUUUGGUGUUGAAGGGUUCAGAGUAAGUCCAGUAAUUGAUCUGAUUUUACAGAGUGAGAUGGUGAAAUGGAGAAUUUAUGGGCAUAAUUCAAUGGUGAAGAUUAGUGAUGAGAUUAUUUGUUUAGGGUUUUUGGAUGGUGGGAGUGAUUUAAAUGGGAGUUCAAUGAUUUUGGGUGGUCAUCAAUUAGAAGAUAAUUUGUUGGAAUUUGAUUUGGGAAGUUCAAUGCUUGGGUUUAGUUCUUCUUUGCUCAAAUUGCAAUCUAGUUGCUCUCAAUUGAGUUCUUCUGCUAUGGUUCAACAAAUGGGUGCUCAAUCUUCAUGAGUUUCUUGUGUUUUUUUUUUAAUUUUGUAAAUUUUUUUUAGUUUUUUCUAAUUGUUAAUUUUAUAAUUUUGGUGGGGUUUUACAAUUUUGGGUAUGGGUUAGUCAUUAGUGACAUUAGUCACACACUAAUUAAACGUGUGAAUGAAUAUGCUUUUGGCAUAUUCUAAAGGGUUAUUUUGUAAAUGGGAAGCUUUUAAGAAUAUAUGUGGUGAAAAAUUUCCAUAAUUAUAUGAUGGAGAGUUAUGUGUGAGAAAGAAAAAAUAUCAAGAGUAUAGAUUUUAUUACUCUUAGAUAUUUAUUAUCUAAUAUUAAUUGUACGGAAUAAAAUUGUCCUCGUAA